GCAGCUGUUGAUUUGGCCCUGCUGCAGCUGUUGUUGGCUGUCAGCUGUCACAAGAGCCAGGUGUUACUGUACCGCCUGGAUGUCAACCUCCUAGGUCGAUCCCCCAGCCCGGCAGACAGGGUAGGUACUGCACAGACACCACAAAGAACCAGUACAGCGGCAUGGACCACAUCAAGCUGCCAUCACUCACGCCACUCAUCCUGCCCAGAAACCAGCUGGCGUAUGAGCACGCCGUGGCACAGCACCGCGGAGCCGGAGGAAGAGAUGGUGCAAAAGAUGAAGCUGGCUCGCAGCAAGUCUAACCUGGAUGAAGACUUCCAGGACUACCUGGAGAGGGCCAGAACCUGGCACCAGAUGACGGUCACAGCUCAGAAGAGAGAGGCCAAUGAAGCAUUAAAGGAAGUUGGGAGGCCAAAGACGUCCCCUACAAAGGUCAAGGUCAUUGCAGGAGGCAGCGCAUCAAGGGAGCGGAUUCCUGUUACUCAGGAGGAGACGCUGAUGAUCCCUGAAGUGGAUCAGCGUAGAGACUAUGCUCACUUUGUGCUCCAGCAGAGAGUCGACAACAUAGGACUGCGUCACAAGGAUGAGGUCAUGAAACUCUACCUGCCGUACAUCCAAUCAUAACAGGGGCAGUGGGAGUAGCCUAUUGGUAGCUGUUGGUCACAGCGAUUAGGCACCAGGUAGACAUCAUGGAACUCUACCUGCCGUACAUCCAAUCAUAACAGGGGCAGUGGGGGUAGCCUAUUGGUAGUUGUUCGUCACAGCGAUUAGGCACCAGGUAGACAUCAUGGAACUCUACCUGCCGUACAUCCAAUCAUAACAGGGGCAGUGGGGGUAGCCUAUUGGUAGCUGUUCGUCACACCGAUUAGGCACCAGGUAGAGGUCAUGAAACUCUACCUGCCGUACAUCCAAUCAUAACAGGGGCAAAGGGGUAGCCUAUUGGUAGUUUCUGGUGUCCCCUGUCAUGAUUUUGCUUAAAUUUUUCUAAAAGCGAUGUACAACCUCUUUCACUCCAAUCGUAACAAACCCUUCACUGUUUCAUCAGACUUGGCACCAGGUAGAGGUCGUGAGACUCUACUGUCGUACAUUCAAUCAUAACAAACUCAUCACUGUUUAGCUGACUUCACACAGAUUAAGUGUUGGAUCUUUCCAACAGUUUAAUUUUGCAACGACCAAAAAAUAAGUGUCAUCAUCUGACCAGGUCAAUGGAAGAGUGAACAAUAUGUAGAACAAAUUGAUUGAUUUCAAUGGGAUAUCAUCUCUCAUAGUGUUUAGGGAUCUGUGACGCAGAUAUACAGAUAUACUAGAGCUUAAUGAUGACCCGACAUAACCACAACUGUUACUGUAAUAGACUGUCCAACCAUGCAAAACAUACUGACGAAACAUAUCUGAAGCUGUAUCAGUUCAGCCUUACAACUUACAACUUAUUCCCAAAAUAGUAAUGAUAGUAUCAUUGCUGUCUGACUGGCUUCAGCUCAUUCAUAUCCUUUAGACUUGUGUUAUCAGUAUUACAGAUAGGUGAAGACUUCACAUAUGUGCAUGGAAAACAGGUGCAAGGUUCAUCCGGGAUAUAUUGGGAAUGGAACUUUCCACCCACAGAUUUAUGGCCAAGAGGUACUAGAUCCAGUUAUAUUCUUGCGUGGGCCCCUAUGUGUGACAUUCCAGGGCUGAUCAGAAGCACGCUUCCCAUGCUGCUAGAGCUGACUGAUAAGAAUCGGGGUUACAAUAUGAGACAUGUCUCGUUGUGUGUAAUCAUCUCCUGACCACGUACAGGUGUAUACACAACUGAUGAGGUCCAACUUGUCCACAACUCAGACGAGAUGAGUGGUCUGUGUAAAGAAUCUAGGUUUGGGGAGAAUACAACUAGUUCCUCUACAUGGUCACCGGUCAAGAAACCAGCUUGAGGCAGUGUCUCUCCCCGGUGUGGCAUGUUGUUCAUACUGUCAGCCACUGGUUUGUCCGGGUCAGAUGUACAUUAUGUUCAGGCUGUCAACCACUGGUUUGUCUGGGUCAGAUGUACAUUAUGUACAGGCUGUCAACCACUAGUUUGUCUGAGUCAGGUGUACAUUAUGUACAGGCUGUCAACCACUGGUUUGUCUGGGUCAGAUGUACAUUAUGUACAGGCUGUCAACCACUGGUUUGUCUGGGUCAGAUGUACAUUAUGUACAGGCUGU